ACUUGGGUCGAGAAGCAAACCUGAGUAGACGUCAGUGCUCAGUGGAGUUGGAAGUGGCAGUGUGUACGAAGUGUUUGUGCUGGUUAGGGGAAGUGGUGUGAAAGCUAGCUCCCGCAAUGACUACUGAAGAAAAAUUUAGAGCAGCUGUUAAUGUCAUCCGGAAUUUACCAAAAAAUGUUAAAGCUGGUGCAAUAAGGAGUAUUCUGUUCAGUAGUCCGGGAUCAUACCAACCAUCCCAUGAGUUAAUGCUUAGGUUCUAUGCAUAUUAUAAACAAGCAACUGAGGGCCCUUGUACAGCUCCUCGUCCAUCAUUUUGGGAGGUUGUAAAAAAGAUGAAGUGGGAAGCGUGGAGCAAGCUUGGUGAUAUGAGCAAAGAAGAGGCUAUGAACAACUAUGUAGAGGAACUAAAGAAGAUAGUGGAGACAAUGUCAUACACGGAUAAUGUUGCUAACUUCUUAGGCAGCUUGGGUUCAUUUUAUGAUUCGGUGCCUGUUGAAGACCUUGAGCUUUUAGUUGGAAAUGUUAUCGAAAGAAUACGUUCACAACCUGGUUCUCCCCUUAGUGGAUCACCCUUUGCAUCAAGAGAGGCAUCACCCAGCAGAAUACAAAUUACAACAAAUGGCCAUCCUUUGACAUCAAGUCUUGAAACAAGUCCAGCAAGCAGCUACAGUCCUUCACCGCAACUAGAUGAGAUGGAUGAGGAUGACGAUGAAGAGUUCAUUGACACAGUUGAGGCAGAACCAGACAAUACCUCUAAAGAAACAGCACUAAAAGUUACAAUUAGACCACCACCAACCAUGACUGAUGCUGUUAAUGGAAGUGAUCCUCUCUACACUGAUCAGCCUUCUGUAGUCUCAAAUGGUUAUAAAAAGAAGCCAAGUAGUCUGAAGGGUAGGCAUAACCCUGAAUCUAUAGAGGCUGCGUGUCAAAAUGCCAGAGCAUCAUACCAGGAAAGAGGACGUUCUCGUGAACGUAACAAUCAACGAGUAAACAUACAAACAGAUGAUCAGUGUAUUCCAGAGACUGCAGAAGAAACACUACAGAAACUGCUAGAACCAUUGGAAGUCACUGAUAAAUUAAGAACAGCUGUAGUUCAGUUGCAGAAAGAUUUGAAUGAUGUUUGUGGCCGGAUGGGAAAUCUAGAGCACACCAUCUCAACAAUUCGAAAGGAAGCCAGUCGCAAAAUGCCAAGGUGGUGGCCAUUUCGUCAAGUUCCUCCAGGAUUUGCGGUAUUUGUAAUUCUGUGGCCCAUUGUGUUUCAUUUUACAGUGUUAUGGCUUCAGAGGAGACGACAGAGGCGCUUGCUCUGAUGUGAUAAGCAAGUGUUUUGGUGGUAGCAGUUGUGUCUCCUUGCCUGGACAGUCUGUGUAGUGUCAGCAUUCAGGAUGGACAAAGUUAAAAGGCUACAGAUAUGAAACUAUCUCCACUGCCACAGCACACUGGUAUCUGCUGUGUAGAGAAAAAACCUGCAGGCAAAGUGUAUUUGUGAUAGGAUAUUCUGUUACAUGAACAUGAAUCAACUAUUGUUAUUCCUUCUCCAUAUCCUGCCCCCCACUGCCUCUACCCCAUCUCUCUCUCUCUCUCUCUCUCUCUCUCUCUCUCUCUCUCUCUCUCUCUCAAUCUCUGUAGUAAGCAGAUACCAGUUUAAGCAUGACACCUACCUAUGUAUUUUGAUUUGGUACCAAAAUGGUUCUUGUAUUUCUUAGUAACAAUGUUUGUUGUUUGUAUGAGGAGAUGAUGAUAAGUGUCUGAAGGUCAUUUGGGGGCAAAAAGUAGUUGAACAUGGCUUGGGUGGAUGUAAGUGUAAAGUAAAUUGCACCACCUAUACAAUGGUCACAGAAUAUUGCUGACUUUCUUCAUUAGCUUUUGUUCUGCUAUGUUCUGUUCAUGUUGUCACAGCUAUAUUAUUUCUUAUGUGUUCUAAAAUAGAACUACAAUGUUUUCUUGUGCACAAGAGUUGUUCUCUUUAAUAAUAUUUUCCACUUGUGUUGUACACUGUUUAGUUCAUGGAGGCUGCAAUAUAAUAACCAUUUAGAAAACAAAACAAAAUUAAAAUAACUUCUUUGUAUCAUACAUUAUAUGUGGAAAUUAUAGGUGACUGGGAUGGAAGAGGGCUUUCUGGAAGAUUAUUUUCUCAGUACAAUAAAAAAUAAUCAAAAGGUGAAAUGGUGUUUACAUGUUGCUGAAAUUGGAAUAUCAGCCUCAUUUAUUUUGCAGUGCGUUUUACUGACUUUAAUUAGUCUUAAGGUGCCCAGUAUUGAGACUGCUAGUCUUUGAGUUAUUACUUAGUGUUGAUUCCUUGGCUAUUGAGAAGGGAACACCAAGAAGAAGGGUAUACGAUGAACUGAUUUGCCAAUGUGAAUGUGAUGUUGAAAAGUAAUGUCUGACUUUGUAUUUUAAAAAUUAUAUUUUGUAUUCCUACUUUAAAUUACAUGGAAUUAUAGUAGUACAAAUAUUUUAAAUAAAAGUUUUAAUGUGACUAGUUCAAAAGACUAUUAUUAGCAAUAAGAAACAGCCAUGAACAGGCUGAAAAGUGACUGAAAUACAACAUCACCUUAAAGUCUCAAUUGGUAUUCUUGGCAUGGCCAAGAAUUGAAUGUUAAUUCAUUCUUGUAUUUUUUUCUGAAAAUAUCUGUAAUGUGAUAAGUGUUGCGCUUGACCAGACAUAAUUACUUUUAAAAUAAACUGCAGAAAAAAUUUAGUGAAGUAAUAAUAUUAUUAUUUACAAGACAAGCACUUUUCAUGAAGUGAGCAAGUUUGAAUUGCAAAACAAAGAAUUUUGUUAUCUGCAGUGUUGUUAAAAAUACUGCAGAUCAUUUCAGUCUUCCACUAUUUUUUGUUAUAUUUUCAUUGAGUUUAAAUUUUUCAAAUAACAAAAUAAAAUGUAUUGACGAAUAUGA